ACAGAAAAACCUCUCCCUGUGGGACAGAAAUCAUGGGGCCACCGUACAUCUGUCCCGCACUUCCUAAUUGACAAGGCUUUCUAACCCAUCGAAUCCUUACAACAGCUCUCUGGGCAAGUGGCUUCAGCCAACCUUUUCCACAGAUGGGAACAACUGAGACUUCCAGAGGUGAAGGGUUCAAGUUGAGCCUUCAAGUAGACAAGGAGGGGCGGUACAAAGGUGUACACAGACCAAGGAGGGAGACGCUGACCCCAGUCACCUUCCCUUGAACGAUCAGCUCCCGCAGCUCCGACUGCCACACCCCUCUCUUCACCUCACCAGCUGCAGCCCCUCCACUUCCUCAGGGCCUCUCUCUUAUCAUUGCGAGUCUACCAGCCACUCCUCUCCUCAGACCUUUGCUCCAAGCUCCCACCUGUUUUCCUCCGGAGCCUGGCACUUCCUUCCCUGCUUACUUUCACUCCACUCCUGCCUGUCUGGAAGCCUCAGACAUGUGUACUGGAAAGUGUGCGCGCUGCCUGGGGCUCUCCCUCAUCCCUCUCUCCCUGGUCUGCAUCGUGGCCAACGCCCUCCUGCUGGUACCUGAUGGGAAGACCACCUGGACGAACAGCAACCUCAGCUUGCAAGUUUGGCUCAUGGGUGGCUUCAUUGGAGGGGGCCUGAUGGUGCUGUGUCCAGGAAUUGCAGCAGUCCGGGCAGGGGGAAAGGGCUGCUGCGGUGCAGGUUGCUGUGGCAACCGCUGCAGGAUGCUGCGCUCCGUCUUCUCCUCCGCCUUUGGGGUGCUUGGCGCCAUCUACUGCCUGUCAGUGGCGGGAGCUGGGCUCCGAAUUGGACCCAAAUGCUUAAUAGACAACAAGUGGGACUACCACUUCCAAGAAACCGAAGGCGCUUACUUGAAAAAUGAUACUCUUUGGAAUUUGUGUGAGGCGCCACCUCACGUGGUACCCUGGAAUGUGACACUCUUCUCAAUCCUGGUGGUCGCAUCAAGUCUGGAACUUGUGCUGUGUGGAAUUCAGCUGGUGAAUGCGACCUUUGGUGUGUUGUGUGGCGAUUGCCGGAAAAAGGAGGGUGCAGCUCACUGAGUCCCAUAGGCCACCCCUAAUACCUCAUUUCUGGAAGUCUGAGUGGUCGCCCACUCCCUGGUUGGCUAGGGAAAACAAAAAACAAAAAAACCAUGCACACUUUUAUCUUUCAGUCUCUUCCUUAGUGGAAUAAACCACCCUGAGCCCCUUCCCCAGUUCUGGUUUAGCCUUUGGAAAGAGUGUACGUGGGCCUUCAGAGAUAUGUGUCUAGACUUGGGGCUUCUAUAUGUACCCCCACUCUACCCACAACCCCCACCCCCUCUUAUUAUUCUCUUAACAACAACAACAUAGUUAUUGUUCUGGAAAUAAAAAUCUGUGCUCUCAAGGAAG